AUGGGGACAUUGGGACCCCUCUGGACCCCCUCUGGUGACACUGGGACCCCUCUGGUGCCCCUGGUGCCCCUUGGUGACACUCCGGUGACACUCCGGUGCCCCUUGGUGACACUCUGGUGCCCCUGGGGACCCUCCGGUGCCACGCCGUGCCGUCACUGUCCCGCCGGUGGCUCCGGUGUCCCCUGCCCGGGGGUCCCGCUGCCCUUGCCCGCGGGGACAGCGCUGCCCGCCGGCCCUUGGGGACUGUCCCCAGCCUCGGCCUUGGGCGCGGCGGCCGCGGUGGCAGCGGCCACCGGGGAGCCGCCGGUGGCACUGGGGGACAGCUGCGGGGCGGGGCCGGGCGGCGGCGUGGCCGUGGUGGCAGUGCCACCCCCCUUGGUGUCACCGCCGGCGGCGGGGGGCAGGGACACCACGAUGUAUUUCUGUACCGUGCCGGUGACAGCGGUGGCGCCGCUGGUGGCAGCGCCGCUGGCAGCGCUGGGGACGGCGGGGGACACCAGCUUGACCAGCGGCUGCACGCUGGGGACAGUGGUGGUGACAGGAGAGGUGGCCGUGGGCGCGGGGGACGUGCUCAGCGUGAUCACCUGGGGACACCGCCACUGUCACCUCCCCAUCACAAAAUGGCCCCAGUGUCCUCCCUUGUCACCUUCCCUGCCACCCCCCGAUGUCCCCAAUGCCCCCUACCCAUUGUCCGCUGUCCCCUCCU